CUCGGAAGACAAAAGACAGGAUGGUGUGAAGUUCAUGAGUUCUCCUGUCAGAUGGUAGUGUAGAACUCUGGAACUCAACCCUAAGCACGGCCAGAAUCAUGGUUCAUAAGGUUAAAUAUGAUGAUUCUGCCCUGUGCUGUUGUGAGUACAUCAACGAGAACAAUCAGCGGUCCCACCUCCUGGCGGUUCUGUGCGACUGUGAGGCCAUUGACGAGGCAUUUGAGAGGUGAUUCAGUGGUUUCACCUGAUAAUUAUCUCUAAAUUAAUGUAUGUAUAAUGAACAUAGCAUACCAUAUGAGUGCUGUGAGUUUUGCAAGCAUACACAGAAAGUUUUACAGUGAAGUAUAUGCUGAGAAUGGCAGUUUUCUUAUGCUUUCUUACAUGAAUGAUCUAACACCCAGCACUGCACAGAACUCAAAGUUUUCACAAGGCAAUCACUUCAGCAACAUAACAUUGACAAGAUCAUGGACACAGUUGGUGACCGCCUGAGGAUACCCUGGCCUGGCGGGGCAAAGAAGGUGCCACUGGAUGUUGCUGCUGCCUUGUGUUGUGUGUUCUUCACCAUCUUUCUUGGGAGCUUUUCUUGGACUCUUACUAUAGUGACAUACAGUUUCAUCUUACCAUCACUCAUGCUUGUCAUACAUCAAUCCAUCAAGAACACAGUGGUUACGCAGAAUGCUCAGAUAUAUAAAAGAGACAAAUCUCUGUUAAAAAAAAAUCCAAGAUCACGAUUUUAUUUUUCUUGGCUUAUUGUGUCUCUCAUUUCUCUUCUCUUUAUAUACUAUACUCAGGUCAUUGCCGAGCUUAAAAUCAAUGCACUGGAGAAUUUUGCAUUCAUGUCGCUAGUUUGUGUGUCAUGUACGUGCAUGUACCUUGUCCGUGCCACCACUUGUCCUGGCUUUGAGUCUAAGAGCAAAGAGGGCAGUGAGGAAAGUGAGAUCUUUGAGUCAGGAGCAUGGAGGAUUUGUGGAGAGUGUCAGCAGCAGGUGCCACGCCAAGCCUCCCACUGCUACAAGUGUGACACCUGCUUCCUGCUGCGGGAUCACCAUUGUGUGUGGCUGGACACCUGCAUCAGCUGUGUGAAUGACCGCUGGUUUGUAACUGGGCUCACCUUUGGUCUGAUGGCUCUGUGUUAUGGUGCCCAGCUCAGCCUGACCACAGCAUGCCAUCCAAAACUUGUUGAUGUUUACUUCACAACUAUCCUUGUUCCUCAUAUCUGCACCAAUGCAUUCAUGAACUGGCGAUACAGCUUGUCUGCAUCUGCUGCAUGCUACAGCAUCUUCCUGGCAGUAUUUGUGAGUGUGGCAUUGGUGCAGCAAGUGGUGUGUAUGCUGUGGGGGGUAAGGCUGAGGGAGUUCAGGUACAGACACUCUCAGUCUAGGUCAGGGGGUUGCUCUGUCAAGCAACCUUUUGAAAACUGCUUCAGGUUUUGGUGGAGAAGCUGAGGUACCAAAGAACAUUGUUUGGAAUAUUAAUACAAUUGGCACUGUGCACGUUUCACAUGAAGAGGAAGAGUUGUAAUAUUUGCAAUGCUGUCAGUAUUCAUGAUCGUUUCCACUGGAUGUGUCAAAGGCAGUCCAUAGGUUUUAAGUUAAAAUUUGUAGAUACAAUUAUUAUGAAUGACAUACCUGGUCAUUUGUAUUAGGAACAAUGAGAAUGACAUAUGAAGUCCAUCAGAAAGCACAUCAAAUGCAUCCAUAAUAUAGGUAAUCUCAUGAAGAGUAAUCAGUUUAAAUUUCAAUAUUAUUUCAGGAUAUAUUACAUUGUUGCUAGUUUUUAUCCCUUUUGAAGUAUCAGUAUCAUCACUGUAUUUUUGUUACAACCAGCAAGAAAAAAGAAUGAUACACGUAAAGUGUGAAUAGUGUGAAGGAAGCAUUGGAUACAAAAGGGAUACUUGUACACUGAAGAAGAGUGGUUGUGCUUAAAUAUAUGUAUGGUGAGCACCUGUGAAUACAUGAAUGUAAAUGUGGCCUACACAGGAUGUUUUCCCACAACUGGUUCAAUCAGCAGAUUGGUCCAGGUACAUAAAAGUGGUGGGUCUUUUAUGAUGCAGUAAGGAUGGAGAUCAAGAUAGGGAUUGAGAGAUGUGAUUAUGGAGGAUGAAAAGUACAUAAGUGGUAAAGUGGAACAGUGUGAUAUAUAAGAAUUCACACAUCAUUGAGAUCUCUGAAGAGUAGAUUAUACUUGCAUACAUUCAUACUCACAAGGAUUCCCUGCAAUAAUGUUGAAAAUUAAUGUGAGAAUGAAUACAUAAAAGUAAAAUGAUGAUUAAAAAGGCAUGCUUAAAUGUACAUUUAGGAUAUUUUUCUAAACUGAUUUGAAUAAAAUGUGUUUUCAUAAUAAAAAGUGAAAAAGUGUUAUAUCAUAAUAUUAAGAAGUGAAAAAGAAAAUGCAAGACUAAAAAGUUUUUGUGCAUUUUUUUUUUUUUUCUAUGCUAUCCCAUAUGAAUGACAAGCAGGCAAGUUUGUGUCACUAUGUGUAGUCCAGACAGCACUAGUGAACCAACACUGCAAAUUAUGUGUGAUAGAAUGGUACAAAAAGUCAAGCUUAUAUUUGUACAAUUCAUUGUCACCAUUUUUGAUUUGCUGAUUCAAAUGUCAAAUACCAAAGAAAAGACAGUAAAGUGUCUACUGGCCUCCUCUGUGGAGGUGAGGCUCAGGUAAUCAGUGAUGAUUCUUGUGAUAAUUUUUACCCAGAGUAACCUUUGAAAAUAUAUCUUUAAAAGGA